UAACAAUGGAAAUUCUCACCUUUGUGGCAAUAUUCUCCCUAUUUAUCCUUGUCAUUCGCCUUCAUCACAAAAGCAACACAAAACCCUCAAAAACUCAUAACAACAGUCCACCAGGCCCUCCUGGUCUUCCAUUCAUUGGAAACUUACACCAAUUAGACAUGUCCUGCCUUUACAAAUACUUAUGGCAACUCUCAAAGCAAUACGGCCCUUUAAUGUUCAUAAAUCUGGGUUCAAUUCCAACACUUGUAGUUUCUUCAGCCAGAAUGGCUGAAGAAGUGAUGAAGAACCAAGAUUUGGUAUUUUGUAGUCGGCCUAAAAUGGUAGGACAUCGAAGGAUGAGCUAUAACCGCUUGGACGUCGCGUUCGCGCCCUACAGUCAAGAAUGGAGAGAAAUGAGGAAGAUCUGUGUUCUUCAUCUCCUGAGCACGAAAAGGGUUCAACAGUUUCGUCCCAUUCGCGAAGAUGAAGCGAUUCGAAUGAUCAAAAGCAUAUCGCGAAAAGCUGAAUUAUCCGAAGCUGUGGAUUUGAGUGACACACUUGUGUCGAUUACUAGUACAAUCAUAUGUAGGGUUGCUUUUGGGAAAAGAUGGGAUGAGGGAGGCAAAGAAAGAAGAAGGUUUCAUGAACUUUUGGAUGAAGUUCAAGCAAUGUUUAUGGGAUUCUUUUUCGCGGAUUAUUUUGCUUCUAUUGGUUGGGUUGAUAGAUUAACAGGAAUGCAUUCUCGACUUGAGGCUAUCUUUAAGAAGUUUGAUGCAUUUUAUGAAGAACUAAUCGAUGAGCACCUUGAUCCAAAUAGACCAAAAUCCAUGGAUGAUGACAUUAUUGAUCUCAUGCUUCAAAUACGACAGGACGGAUCAACUUCAUUCGAUUUGACCAUAGAUCAUAUCAAAGCUCUUCUCAUGAAUGUAUUCCUUGCUGGGACGGACACAACUGCAGUAACAGUGACUUGGGCAAUGGCAGCUCUAAUACAAAACCCUAACAUCAUGAAAAAGUUGCAGACAGAGAUCAGAGAAACAAUCGGAACAAAGAAAGAACUGAUAGAUGAAGACGACAUCGAAAAGCUUCCUUAUCUUAAUGCAACCGUUAAGGAGACCAUGAGAUUGUACCCGGCAGUACCACUUCUUGUUCCAAGGGAAACAAUGGAAAAAUGCCACAUUGAUGGAUACGAAAUCCAACCUAAGACUUUGGUGUAUGUCAACGCGUUUGCUGUCGGAAGAGAUCCGGAGAUGUGGGAAAAUGCAAAUGAGUUUUGCCCAGAUAGGUUUUUGAACACCACUAUUGAUCUUAAAGGGUUGGAUUUUCAGUUGAUCCCAUUCGGAUCGGGUCGAAGAGGCUGCCCCGGGUACCUCAUGGGUUUAUCCACCGUUCAUCUCUUGCUCGCGAAUCUUGUCUACUCUUUUGAUUGGGAACUGCCUUUUGGUGUGAAGAAAGAAGACUUUGAUGAUGAAGCUUUGCCUGGUCUUACAAUGAAGAAGAAAAAUGCACUGAAACUUGUGCCAAAGAUCCCUACUACUGCUGCCAAAACUCUUUAGUGUGUGAUUGUUUGUUUCUUUUUCUUUUGUCUUGAUAUUUUAUAGUUUCAAGCGGUGUUGUCUUUAAAUUUAUUUCUGUAUAAUGGAAAAGGAUAUAAAAAAUUUGUGCCCGUGAUUUCGAAUGAAUUAUUCGGAUGUUUUUUCUUGAAUGUGAUUGAAAUAAAAUAGUUUAACUCUCA